GGGUUGGGCAGCCAGGAGGAAUAUAUUUUUUUUUCUCAACGGUAUCAUAUGGCAAGCUAUGUUGGACGAGAAAGAGAGAAAUAGCAAGUCAAGAAAGUUCUAAAGAAUGGGCGGUGAAGGGGAUACUGAUGACCAGUGCAGUUGGAGUCACAAUCUCAACGAUGACAUGUCAGGACUGCAAACGUACUUAGCAGGAAAGGUGCCCAGCAGGGAGGAUAUCAGGGCACGUGUCCAGCAGUUUGUGGAGGAGAGGAUGCAGACUACCAUGUUGACUGGCGUGCUGAUCGGGGCUGUGGUGGCAGUUUCUCUAAUUGGCAUCGUGGUGCUCUUCCUCUAUAGAAGAUACAAGCUGGCCAGUGGACAGCAGGCUGUUCCCCGCUAUCGCUUCAGGAAGAGAGACAAGGUGCUCUUCUACGGCCGGAAGAUUAUGAGGAAGGUCCAGACCCUUUCCUCAACUCCUUCUUCUACCUCGGUGUCCAAGCUGCGCCCUCGGAAGAGACCCAAAGUCCUGAGUAUAGCUCGCAGGAUCCUGCGUAUCCGUAAGGAGCCCCCUACUCUGCAGCCCAAGGAACCGCCUCCCUCCCUGCUGGAGGCGGACCUGACUGAGUUUGAUGUUCAGAACUCCAACCUGCCCUCAGAGGUCCUCUACAUGCUCAAAAACGUCAGGGUGCUGGGCCACUUUGAAAAGCCUCUGUUCCUGGAGCUGUGUCGUCACAUGGUCUUUGUGGAGCUGCAGGAAGGGGAGGGGCUGUUCCGGCCGGGCGACGACGACGACAGCAUCUACGUUGUCCAGGAUGGACGUCUGGAACUCUGCAUCCACGAGAAUGAUGGCACAGAGCCGGUUGUGAAGGACGUGCUCCCGGGGGACAGUGUCCACAGCCUGCUCAGUAUUCUGGACAUCAUCACCGGUUACCCCGCCCCCUAUAAGACUGUGUCGGCGCGGGCUGCGUCUCGCUCCACUAUUCUGCGUCUGCCCGCCUCAGCCUUCCAGUCUGUGUUUGAGAAGUACCCCGAGACUCUGGUGCGCGUCAUUCAGAUCAUCAUGGUGCGCCUCCAGAGAGUGACUUUCCUGGCAUUACAUAAUUACCUGGGCCUGACCACAGAGCUCUUCAACCCGGAGCGUCAGGCGGUCCCCUUGGUGACGGUUGCUGGGGUGAUAGAGGGGAGUCCGGGCAGGAUCCCACGCAGACCCCACUUUCAGGAGGACCCAGUCUUCGCCCCCACACCUGUCCUCGCAGAAACCUCCUCGGACACAGACGCCGGGAAAGAGAGCCCGUCCAAUGCCUUUAGGAAGACGCGCUCUAUCUCUAUGCCCACUGACGGCACAGCAGGGGUGACGGGGAUUGACCUGAACAUGGCGUACGAGCGAGCCAGAGUCACCAUAGACGAGCGCCCCUCCAGCCCUGUCAUUUACAAGUCCAUCCUGAAGAAGAGUGUGACCAUGCAGCACACGCCCUCUGCCGUGUUCCACUACACGGACAGCGGGGGGCGCUCCGACACCGUCCACCCCAGCAAGGUCAGCUCCAUCUUUCAGGCUGCCAAGAAAGACCUGCUGGGCAUCAUCCAGCUGCAGGACCCUGGUCUGUUGGAGGGCAGGGUGACUCUGCACCAGGUCAAAGCGGGCUCUGUGGUGGCCAGACAGGGAGACCAGGAGGUGAGUGUGCAGUUUGUGAUCUUGGGCCUGCUGCAUGUGUACCAGCGGAUGAUCGACCGCGAGGAGGACACGUGUCUGUUUGUGACCCACCCCGGGGAGCUGGUGGGCCAGCUGGCUGUACUGACCGGCGAGCCCCUCAUCUUCACUGUCCGAGCCCACCGAGACUGCAGCUUCCUCUCCAUUUCCAAGACCCACUUCUACGAGAUCAUGCGUGCAGAACCCACAGUGGUGCUGAACGUAGCUCACUCGGUCGUUCGGAGGAUGUCGUCCUUCGUCAGGCAGAUAGACUUUGCUCUGGACUGGAUGGCUGUGGAGGCCGGCCGGGCAGUCUACAGACAGGGGGAUAAGUCAGACAGCACCUUCAUAGUUCUGAGUGGUCGUCUGCGCUCCGUCAUCAUGAAGGAGGACGGCAAGAAGGAGCUGACCGGGGAGUACGGCCGCGGUGACCUCAUCGGCGUGGUGGAGGCCCUGACCCAUCAGAACAGAGCCACCACGGUGCAUGCAGUACGUGACUCGGAGCUGGCCAAACUACCAGAGGGAGCACUCGGCUACAUUAAGAGGAAGUUCCCACAGGUAGUCACGAGGUUGAUUCACCUUCUUGGCCAGAAGAUCCUUCAGCAGGUCAAUGGCCCUCUGACAGCCCGGAGCCUGGCCCUGCACACCCCGGGCAGUAAGUGGGACGCAGGGAACCCGGCGUCCAACCUGUCUACGGUCACCGUGCUGCCUGUGUCUGAGGAGGUACCCCUCACAGCUUUCACACUGGAGCUGCAGCACGCACUCAUCGCCAUUGGCCCCACACUUCUACUGACCAGCGACAGCAUCAAGCAGCGCCUGGGUGCGGCCGCACUGGACAGUGUUCAUGAGUAUCGUCUGUCCAGUUGGCUGGGCCAGCAGGAGGACAUCCACCGUAUCGUGCUCUACCAGACAGACUACACCCUGACCCCCUGGACCCAGCGAUGUAUCCGCCAGGCCGACUGCAUCAUCAUUGUGGGACUGGGGGAGCAAGACCCCGCUGUGGGGGAGUUGGAGCAGAUGCUGGAGGGCAGUGCGGUGAGAGCCCAGAAGCAACUGGUGUUGUUACACAGGGAGGACGGCCCCCCGCCCCAGGGCACUGUGGAGUGGCUCAACAUGAGGAGCUGGAUCUCCAGGCACCUGCACCUCUCCUGCCCACGCAGGGUCUUCUCCAAGAGGAGCCUGCCCAAACUGAUUGAGAUGUAUCAGCGUGUUUUCCAGAAGCCGGCUGACCGCCACUCUGACUUCUCCCGGCUGGCCAGGGUCCUGACCGGGAACGCCAUCGCCCUCAUUCUGGGGGGAGGAGGGGCCAGGGGCUGUUCUCAGGUGGGUAUCAUGCAUGCUCUGAGUGAGGCUGGGAUCCCUGUGGACCUGGUGGGAGGUGUUUCCAUCGGCUCCCUGAUGGGGGCGCUGUACGCAGAGGACCGCAGUCACUGUCGCAUGAGGAUGAGGGCACGAGAGUGGGCUAUGGGAAUGACGUUGGUGUUUAAGAAGGUGUUGGACCUGACCUACCCCAUCACUUCUAUGUUCUCUGGCUCUGCCUUCAACUCCAGCAUUUACACCGUGUUCAAGGACAAGCAGAUAGAGGACCUGUGGAUCCCCUAUUUCAACAUUACCACUGACAUCACUGCCUCCACCAUGAGAGUGCACACAGACGGCUCUCUGUGGAGGUAUGUGCGUGCCAGCAUGUCUCUCUCUGGCUACCUGCCUCCUCUAUGUGACCCUAAAGACGGACACCUACUGAUGGACGGAGGCUACAUCAACAACCUACCAGCGGACGUGGCUCGCUCCAUGGGUGCCAAGGUGGUGAUCGCCAUAGACGUGGGCAGCCAGGACGAGACCAACCUCACCAACUACGGCGACUCGCUCUCCGGCUGGUGGCUGCUAUGGAAACGCCUCAACCCACUGGCAGAGAAAGUCAAGGUGUUGAACAUGGCAGAGAUUCAGACGCGGCUGGCAUACGUGUGCUGUGUGCGACAGCUGGAGUCGGUGAAGAGCAGUGACUACUGCGAGUACAUCAGGCCUCCCAUAGACCGUUACCGUACACUGGAGUUUGGCAAGUUUGACGAGAUCGCUGAGGUGGGCUACCAGCACGGCAAGACGGUGUUUGACGUGUGGAGUCGCAGUGGAGUGGUGGAGAAGAUGCUGAAGGACCGUCGCCAGGAAGAGUUUCACAACACGCAUAGCAACAACAACGGACCUGUGACCUGUCCUAAUGCCUCCUUCACUGACCUGGCAGAGAUCGUGUCCCGCAUCGAGCUGGCCAAACCAGCUCUGGUUGACGAGGAGUCCGACUACCCCACAGACUACGAGGAGGAGGCGGUGGAGAGUGCCUACUCAGACUUUGAGCUGUCCAAUCACUACAGCGAACACACCACCGAGGGGGAGGAGACUGCGGACACGGAUGAAGAGCUGCUGGACAUGGGGAGAAGACGUCGCCCUCCUCACCCGGGCUACAGCGACAUGAGCCCCUCUCCUCCCCCCACCCCCCGCCUACAGCCCCACCCCAAGACCAUGCCAAGAGUCACUGAACCCACAGUCUGGAAGCGCAAGGACCUGACUGUCUGCCUCCAGCACUAGCGCUGACACAUUGCCUUACAGACCCACAACAAAUACAAGGACCUGACUCUCUGUCUGCCUCCAGCACUAGCACUAACACAGUGCCUUACAGACCCACAACAAAUACAAGGACCUGACUCUCUGUCUGCCUCCAGCACUAACACUAACACAGUGCCUUACAGA